CCCAGGCGCCAUUCAGUAGGGCGCCAUCUACCCCGUCACUCAUCAACUCAAAUCAAUAUGGCGUCGCUCAUGUUGUAACUUGGCAGGGAAAUCCACUCGAAUUUGGUCGUCAAUAAACCAACCAAGAAAACAUGGAAAGGGUGCACAGGCACGUGUGGUUUACGGGAAAGAAUCUUAUCAAUAUUCUGACAGAGCUGCCGAACUACGGGAUUGGAAGGCUUGUAACGAGGCGGAGAUGGACGAUGUUGUUUCCAGAGAAUGAACCGUGUUACCUGAAAGUAACUCGUGUCAAAAUCGACUGCACAAGACCGGAAUUAGAUCAAGGACAAGUGUGGGGAGAACUAACAUACAGAGGAUACAAGCGAGAGGAUUUGGAGAUUCAAGUAGGAGCAUGGUGGAAGAAAGAAUGGGAGUUGAUUCGCAAAGCCGAUGAAGAGGAAUUCUGUAAAUUCACACCCAAGCCAGAACACUUCCAUGUGGCCCCAAGCCACGCCCGCAUGCCCCCUCUCUUGGAGGCCAUGGUACUGAAACAGAGGGCAGAUAAAGGCAUCAGAGUAGAUCCUGACGACCUACCGCUACUAGACUUGGAGAUCAGGAAAACCUACCGGCACAGGGCAUACCAGUUAGCAAGCCAGGAACUGAUAGGAGAAUACUGAAAGAAAAAGACCUUGGGAGAAAGUGAUGAUAUUGAUACACACAUUUGUCACCAAGCUUUGUUUACAAAUUAUUUAUGCUUGUUUAAACUCAACAUUAUCAGUUUGUCCAUUUUCCAAUUUUUCUCUCCUUAGCCACAAAUAGUUGUUACCUCAACAGGACUACCAUGAUCCAACUUAAGAGGUGGCACUGUCGCAUAGAAUCAACUCAGUGCCCAUUUUCAUAUCUAGACUUCAUACUCAUUUCAGCUUCGUCUCAAGCUCUACAAUCAGUAGGGUUUAAGUGAAAAAUUCUAAAACUUGGUUAAAGUUGGAAAGGUGAGCUUUAGGUGACUAAAUUUAUAACCACGAAACCAAAAGCCAAACACGAUAGUGGAGCUUCAACUUCAAUUUAAAUCCAGUUGUGCUGCUCACUAGUUCUUCAAUUACAUCUGAUAAUCAUUGAAGGGUUCCAGAGAAAUAUUUUAUUGGACAGUUGUCCAAUAAAAAGUGAGAGCUUAGUAGGCUUGUUUCAAGCCUGUCUCGAAUAUUUAUCCCCAAAGUGCACUGGGAUCGGGCUGUAAGACUGGAACACAUCUUUAAAAGUGCCCUGAACAGUAUUUGUAAUGUGUAUCGUACUGACUAAUGUACUAACUACUGAACAUGAAACAUUUGGGAAGUCAAAUUCUGUUAAGCUGUGAAUAAAGGGACUGGUUUUUAAACAUUA